AGUUUAAAGCUACUUUUGAAAAUUCAAAAAAGGUCAAAACAGCAGCCAAUAAAAUUAAAAAACUUAUCCAAGAAUCUAAUUUGGCCUCAAGUUAUGUUUUAAAGUUUCAACAAAUCUCUAUUAGAAGUUGUCCAAGAAAAGGCAUUACUAAUUAUAAGAUUAUUAUUACAAAAGCAAUGUUAGAAAGGUCAGAAAAAAAGAAGCCUUAA